AUGCAUGUGCCAGACUGGACUCAGCUCCCGGAAGAGCUACUUGAGUUUAUCUCCGAGAAACUGGACAACUGUUUCGACGUCAUUCAUGCUCGCUCUGUUUGCAGCUUGUGGCGAUCCACAAUGCCCUUUCCUUGUAGCCUGCUAAGCCCACGCUACUCUCUUAUCUCGUUCGCAUCACUCCCUUACAAAUGCUCGGCCACCCUCAAGAAGAUUCCUUUGUUUCUCUUUAGAGUCCUUACUCUUUCUGGGUCGGCUUCUGAGUAUUUUCUGGGAGGAAUAGGCCGUAGAGAUGAGCCAGAGGAUCAUAUAGAGCAUCCACCUCCUCUUCAAUGUUCAGUGAAGAUCCCAGGAUCAUCUGAUCAAACCUUGGUGAACAUGCUCGACUGCCAGAUCAUCCCUAUGGGCCAUCAGUACAGAAUCUUCGAUAGCAAUCCUAGUUAUUACAAAGUCGUGGCUUUCCUUCCGCUGGGAGGAAGAGAAUUCGUUGUGCUUCUCAACUACGGAGGAGUUUUGUUUGUUUUAACAAGUGUCGAAAUGAAGUGGAAGCUCCUUGAGAAGCCUCCAAGGAGCACAUGCAGUAGUUUAGUCACUUUUAGAGGCAGAUUCUAUGCAUCCUUUUUUAACGGAACAAGUGUGGUUAUCGACCCUUAUUCCCUGGACGUGACUAAGUUGAUGCACUCCCCGCAUCAAGAUAUUUAUAACCAUCUAGUUCCAUCUGGCAAUGAUGAACUUUUCCUGGUUGAGCAAAACGGUAGCCAGUUAACAUUAAGAGUGAGUAGGCUAGAUGAGGAGGCUGGUAAAUGGGUCGUGGUCACCCAUGUAGGAGACCGUGUCUUGUUUAUUAGUGGAGGAGUUUUUGGAAAUUUCUGCUGCUCGGCUAAAGAGCUUCCCGAUGGUUGUGGUAUGAGCGGGAACUCAAUGGAAUUCACAGAUGUUGUCAGUGGAACAUACUCCUAUAAAUAUGGAGUAGAUACAGGGAGAGGGGAAGACGGCCGCAAAGGUUGGAGACCCUCUAGAGAGAAUCGUGUGAAAGUCCUCAGCACAUCUCCAGUGGUGGCUCUCCGGGUUGAGCACUAA